UGCUGAGGCACAGGAAACAUUAUCAAAACUGUACAGUUCAGUGAACAAAGAGACUCAGGAACACAUGAAAUCAAUGAGGGAAAUGGAACAGCGCUGCUGUGGGCUGACACCACAGAAUUAAACUGCAUUGGAAAGCAGGAGGCUUGAGGAGAGAGCCGGGGACGAGCGGGAGAAGAAGAUGACGAGGGAAUGCAAUCCCAGUGCCAGGAGAGGAAGAAGAAUGUGAACGAGGAGCAGCAGCAGAGACUGGAGAGGCACGUCCAUUGCUUUGUAUCCAGCAGAGGAGCUGUCCUUCCACACGCCGUCCAGCAGAGGGCGCUCCGGACGCGGCGCUUUGGCGACGUGUCUCUGUUCGAUACGACCGCGGCUCACAAACUAACGGAGUGAGAGGCGAAGAGAGACGGACAGACCAAGCGAGACAUGUCGGGGAACACGGAGAAGCUGAUCGGGCUGGCGGAGGAAGUGGCCGAGAAGGUCCUGCGCAGUACGAAGCGCUUGCUGCCCCCGGUGGCUCGGCUGUGCCUCACCAGCACGUUCCUGGAGGACGGAGUGAUGCUGUGUCUGCGCUGGGAGGAGCAGAGGAGCUACAUGCAGUCAGUGUGGAGCUGCGGGGCUCUGAUCAGCGGGGCCGUGUUCCUCAUACUGCUCAUCGGACAGCUGGUGUGCUCCGCGCUGGUCCUGUGUCGGAAGUGGGUCUGCUGGGCCUGCACAGGACUGCUGGCCUCUCUGAUGCUGCAGUUGAUUGUCUACCAGCUGAUGUUUGAAAUGUUCUUUCUCGUGAGGACCCUGGCGGUGGGCGGGGGGCUGCUCCUGCUCAUGGCGGAGGUGCACACGCAGAGUCGCUCGAUGUUUGCGGGGGUCCCCAGCGUGGCGGAGGGGGGGCCCCGGCAGUACAUGCAGCUGGGGGGCCGCGUGCUGCUGGUGUUCAUGUUCCUGACCCUGCUGCACUUCACAGUCACCAGCGCCUUCUCUGUGGUUCAGGACGCGGUGGGUACUGCGCUCAUGGUGCUGGUUGCAGUGGGGUUGAAGACCAGGCUGGCUGCUCUCACGCUGGUGCUGUGGCUCUGCGUGGUCAAUCUGCUGGAGAAUCCCUUCUGGAUGGUCGACGAGCUCGACUUCCUGCAGGACUUCAUGAGAUUCAACUUCUUCCAGACCCUGUCAGUCAUCGGGGGGCUGCUGCUGCUCAUCACACUGGGGCCGGGGGGGGUCUCGCUCGACCAGCACAAGAAGAGGUGGUAACUGAGGGUAGAUAAUACACAGAGAGAGAGAGAGACUGAUACAUAAUACACACAGAGAGACACACACCCAAUACACAGACUUACAGGCACAAUGAAAUGGGAACAGUGUCUAUGACAAACACACACACAGAUAGACACGCACACAGAUAGACACGCACACAGAUAGACACACACACAGAUAGACACACACAGAUAGACACACACAGAUAGACACACACACAGAUAGACACACAUACAGAUAGACACACACACAGAUAGACAGGGCUGGGAGAGGCUCUCCCUGUCUGUCAGUGCAGCCGGGCUGGGAGAGGCUCUCCCUGUCUGUCAGUGCAGCCGGGCUGGGAGAGGCUCUCUGUCAGUGCAGCCGGGCUGGGAGAGGCUCUCCCUGUCUGUCAGUGCAGCCGGGCUGGGAGAGGCUCUCCCUGUCUGUCUCUCAGGGGCUCUUGUUACCUUUGACUGUGGGGAUCGUUUCAUACUGAACACAGAGCCAGGGCUGGGGACUGUGGCAUUGCAUUUGAUUUCUGAUUUCAUUUAAACAACGAUUUCAGGGGUCUGUCUUUAUAAUUACAGGGGGCAGUGAAAACCAGUGGCUGGGUUACAGAUGAAUUUCCGAUUUAUUUUUAGUUUAGUUUUAAGAGUUUAAUGAAAGACAGCAUUGAUCUGAUGGGUGCUGCUGUUCAUCUGCUGAACUUGUGUAACAGAAUGCCUUGAGAGAUUGUAGAGUGCUCUUGUUUCAGGAAAGUAAUCUGGUGGGGUGAGGAGGGUUAGGGUUUAUUUCAGGGGUGGUGAGGAGGGUUAGGGUUUAUUUCAGGGGGAUGGUGAGGAGGGUUAGGGUUUAUUUCAGGGGUGGUGAGGAGGGUUAGGGUUUAUUUCAGGGUGGUGAGGAGGGUUAGGGUUUAUUUCAGGGUGGUGAGGAGGGUUAGGGUUUAUUUCAGGGUGGUGAGGAGGGUUAGGGUUUAUUUCAGGGUGGUGAGGAGGGUUAGGGUUUAUUUCAGGGUGGUGAGGAGGGUUAGGGUUUAUUUCAGGGUGUUGAGGAGGGUUAGGGUUUAUUUCAGGGUGGUGAGGAGGGUUAGGGUUUAGGGCUUGUAGAAACGGUUACUGUAACUGCUUGUUUGUUUUUAGGCACAUUUAUUUAUUUAUUUAUUUACAUAAUAUAUAAUAAAAAUGCAAACAGAAAGUGUGUCUGCUCUUGUUCUGGUUUCAGGGGGAUCGAUAUGAAACACAGCUUUGUGAAAUGUCCCUCCAGUUAAACUCAAUGCCAGAGUGCUGUCAAACACACACACGCACACUGACACACACACACGCACACACUGAACGCACACACAUUGACAUACACAC